CAGAACUGGGGGCAGGGCGGCCCUCGAGAUGGCUGGCCCCGGUUGUGUCGCUCCUCAGCUUUCGCUGGCAUCGGCCCCGCUGUUCCGUGCCCGACUGGGCAGAGCCAGGGUGGAAUAAGCCAAGCGUGACCAGCAGUUUUGUUCCUGUUGGGUCUUUUAGCAUAGUGGGCAGAGGCUGCAGGAUCCUAGUAUCUGUCUCUGCAUGUUUUUACCUUUGAGUCCAGCCUUUCCGACUGAUACUUUGCAAUCUUCCUGAUUUAUAUCGAAGAAUUUCUGGGCAUACAAAGGCAGGAGAGCAAGGCUUGGCUGGGUGUCUGUAGGAUGGCCCUCCAUAAUUGGUAGGGGUGUUGUGAUUCCUUUUGGAGAUGGCUAUUGUUCUGAAUGCUGACUGGAGCUUGGAAGUUAAAAGUUCUUUGUGGCUGUAACAGAAGGGAGUGAGAGCUUCAGGGUACCUGGCAAGAACUGUUGACUUCUAGAGGUUGGAAACAUUACAGAACACUGGACCAUGUCAACAGCAGGAGUUGCUGCUCAGAAGAUGCAAAUCCCAUUAAAGACUGGAUUUCUCCAUGAUGGUCAAGGCCUUGGGAAUCUGAAAACCUGCUGGAGUGGCCACAGUGAAUUUGAAAAUACUUUCUUUAGCAUGGACCCUAUUGCAGUAGCAUAUAAUCUGAAUCCUUCCAUUGAGCAACAACUGCCAUCUGCUGGAAACAUUUCAAACCAAAGGGUCACGAAUAACUGCUGCUUUGCUGAAAACUUCAUCGGAGUCCAGUCUCAAAAAUUCAGCCCACCUCCGAGUCCAAAAAGCGAGCAGCUGAGUUUGAAGCUUGAGGAUCACUUGCUUCCUGGCUUCAGCAAAUUGUCAGUAGCAAUGGGCUGUGUUUCUGAAAAAACUCCUCCUAACACACCAGUGAAAAGUGAGCCUGCACAAUUCCCUUUUGCGCCUUCCAGUGACCGCAGCUCCAGGCCACUACCUCCACUACCUGUUUUGAAGGACCUCUUUCCAGAUGUUGAUAAAGAGGUGGAAUUCCUGACUUCCUCUGACACCGACUUGUUGUUAGAAGACUAUGGGCUUUCUCCCUUUAAAUCCAGUGCUCCAAGCAGGAGGAGCUUUAGGGGAUGUGGACAAAUCAAUUAUGCAUAUUUUGAUACUUCAGCACAUUCUACAACAGAAGAUGCCAACUCUGCAGCUAAUCCAAAUAGAUGUACGCACAACCAGUGUCCUCCCUUGCAGCAGCUGCAUCGACGUUUGCGAAGGUCUCAUUCGGGGCCAGCUGGAUCACUUAAUAAGCCUGUAAUGAGGAUAUGUAGCUACUUCAAUAGGGCUUCUCCAAAUUCUGAUGAUGAUAAACCAGAGGUCCCCCCCAGGGUUCCUAUCCCUCCAAGGGCUCUCAAACCAGAUUAUAGGCGGUGGUCAGCAGAAGUUGCUUCUAGUGCAUACAGUGAUGAAGACAGGCCUCCAAAAGUGCCCCCGAGAGAACCUUUGUCAUGCAGCAAUUCCCGUACACCAAGCCCUAAAAGUCUGCCAUCGUACUUCAAUGGGGUCAUGCCCCCCACACAGAGUUUUGCUCCUGACCCAAAAUAUGUCAGCAGCAAAGCUCUACAGAGACAAAAUAGUGAGGGAUCUGCCAACCGGGUCCCUUGUAUUCUUCCCAUUAUUGAAAAUGGUAAGAAGGCCAGUUCAACACACUACUAUCUGUUGCCUGAAAGGCCUUUAUAUCUGGACAAGUACGAGAGAUUUUUGAGAGAAGUAGAAGAACCUAGCUCAAGUGCAGAGGUGCAGUCCUGGUCUGGUGACUGUACCACAUCUUCAGAUACAGCAAAGUUGGACUCCAAAACUAGGAUGGACGUGGUGAGCCAUGUGAAACAGAAAUAUUUGUCCUAUGUGGUUUCUCCAUAGACUCUGGGAAUGUAGUAUAAUACAGUUGCUCAGAUUGGAGUAGAUUUAACUAUGAGUGGAUUUAACCAAGCUCUUGAGAACCAAAGAGUUCCUCAAAUAAUGAAGUACUACAGUUGAUCCUGUCAGGAGGAAACUGAGAAAGUAGAAAAUAGUUGAAUCCUCUUGGAGUGCACCUCUCUCCCCAUUGUCCCUUCGGACUCCAGUUUUCUGUCUUUAAUCUGUAUAAUUGGAAGGCUAUAAUAAUUCCACAGAAACAUGGAGUAGCCACAGUCAUGGUUGGCCAGUCGCAUGCUUUCCUGAGGUAAUAUAUUUGUAAAGGUGCAUUGUGGGGUGGGAGGAGUUGUUGGGGGAGGGGGAGUUAAAUACUAUCCUGAAGUAAGUGAGCUUCCUUCCUCCCUUCCCUUCCUCCCUUCCCUUCCCUAAUGAGAAGGAAACAGCACAAUCCGACCUUCACUUUGAGAUUUUUGAAGUGUAUUGGAGAGAGUUGAGACUUUUUUUUGUCUUGAUAUCUUGACAAAGUAUUAGGAUGGUUGCAGAGUUCAAUGAAAUUAGAUGUCCCCUGCUUUAUAGAGCCUUUUGGUCCUUUACCUGACUAAGAGGCACUCAGUAGAAGUCUGGUUUUCCUAACUAACUACUGCUAAACUUCACCCACUGUUCCUUCCCUUGUGGAUCCAAAGAAGGUAUGACCUACUGUCUUGAAAUUAGCAAGGCAAUGAGAUCUGUGUACAGGUGCUAGUGAAUGGUUGCGGUGAAAACAUGCUUAUCUAAUCCCCACUUCUGACCUGUAUUAUAAAUGGAAACACAACACAAGCAGGUCUCGUGUUCUGGUUUCUAUUAAGUAUUUUGUAGUGAGAGAAAGGGAUAUCUGUAACAGAUAUGAUUCCACUUGUGGACAGUGUCGGCCACAUGAACCUUUUGCUUUUUAGGUACUGCUAUCUUCUGUGUCACACUUCCCCCUGCAUUCUGUCUCCUUGAUGGAUGUAGGUGUAAUGAGAUGCCAUGUUCAUACAUUAGCAGUUUUUCGUGCAUACCUUGACUGUUUAUCCUUAUGUAGAUAAGCACAAGAGCAAGGGUGCUUAUAAAUGAAGGUACAUGAUGGUGCUGCACUUCCAACUGAUGAAAGAAACAAACCUUACUGUUUAAACUGCUGAAUGAAAUAUUUGAGCUAUUCUAAAGCUUACUUUUUAGUUUAGUUGCAAACUAAAUGAAGGUGAAAUGCAUGCUGUAAAAAUGCACUGAGAUUUCAGCAUCAUGUGUACAGUAUUGGACAAAAUUCACUUUGUAUUUUGAAUAUUGCAAUAUUUUGAAUUUAUUAAAGCCAUAAUUUACUUAUUUAUAAUA